UGUUGAUAGCUAGUCAAAUAUAUGCAUUAGAAGUCUUCACCGUUUUAAAUUGAUAGGUUGAUGAUUUUUAUUGCUGCAUUUACUUUAAUUCACCAUACUGACAAUCAGAUGUACAAAGCCAUUUCGUUUUGGACUCAGUUAUCUAUGUUAAAGCAAAAAGUAAACUGCACGUUUCUUUGUUGUUAAAUUAGCCAGCUAACGUUAGCCAUUGCGAGUACCAGAAGUAACGUUAAAUAGAAGAAAAAGACAGACACUCCAUGGGAGAAAAUACCAAAGGAGCUGGGGACCCCAGUUGGGUGUUUAUCGAACUAAGGAAGCGGUUGCAAAGUGGUCUUCUUGUUCUCCGGAGAGAUGUGGCUACGAGCUAUGCAGAGGUGAGCGUUACAGGAGGAGAUUCGUCCCUCCACAUCCGGACUCCUCGGGGCCUGCUAAUCGUGGAGCUGCCAGCAGGGGUCAGCCUCGUGGAGGGCUCCUGCAGGGAGGCACCUGGAACAGGAGACGAGAUACACUUCAGAAUGCGCCUCAAUGUGGACCAGCACACAGAUGACACAGUGGCCCCGGGGAGUGUGAUGGAGAGGCUGCUGGUCCAAGAGAGUUAUUGCUUCCACUGCCAGUCCUGUGGGACCAGGGUGCUGGAGGAGAGGGUGUUCAAGCGAGUGCUCCCUCUCCCCAACGGCAACUGGAGCUCCCUGGUGGAUGACUGGUGCUGCCACCCGGACCCCUUUGCCAACCUGAAGCUGCUGCCCCGAGCGGAGGACUGUUUACUGGGCGACACUCACCUCCUUGUGCACCGGGAUAGAGGCUGUGAGGAGACUCUCACCCAGGAGCUCAGCCCCAGGCCCAUCACCAACAAAAUGGCUGAUGGUCAAAAUCAGGACACACAGAAACCCAACCGCAGGCGUACACUUGUUUCCUGUAAGAGCUGUACAGCCGGCCUGGGAGAGACUGUGGCACCAGGGACCCUGAAACUCUACAUCACAGAGGUGACAGUGAGACCCAGUAUGCCAGAUAUGACCUUUUGUUACUACAAUGCCAACGAGAUGUCACUGUUCCUGGAACAGACCAUAGCUGCCAGACUGGUGGAGCUGUCCUCCUCCCAGAGCAUGUUUCGUUUCUCUAUCCAGACCCCAGAUGGAAAAGCCCUCAUAUUGCUCUGGCUCCUGAACAGUGACUCCUUCAUCGUCUCUCUCUCUGCCACUAUGUCAUCGACUGUCAGAGGUGAUGCUGUCCCCUCUCCCAGCCACCGCCAGUGUUCUGAGCGUCAAUCACCCACUAAGGCUGGCAGCACCGUCAAAGUCCUCUAUCUCCCCUGUUCUCCCUCUGCCAGCACUGGGAGCACACACCAAGAUGUUGUAGACACCUGGGAGAAGGACAUCGGUGUCCACCCCGUAGACCUGCCCCAGACCACGUGCCAGGAGCUGUUGUCGGUGCUGACAGCCAGUACUUCCUGUCUCCCUCUGUCGCUGCAUUCCAUGAACUCCUACCAGGUGGCGUACAUGAGACUGUAAUGUCAGAGGUCAAGAGCCAUGGAUCCACGCAUCUUUCCUAGAGGGAGGACCAGCAGAAGAAGCACUGGAACACUAGAGUACAGUGAUUUAUCUGCCUUCGGCUGUGUUCAAGAGGCACGUAAUGGAAAACCAGGUUUUGAGCAUUUUCCAAAAAGAACGCUCAUUCCGUUAUACGUUUUGAAUAGGUUUAUUAAUUUUGGUCCUACUGAACAUGACCCUGAUAGCUGCUGUAAUGCAGACCAUGUAAAAAGACUUGUAACUAAUAAUUCCAUUGGAAUGUCUGAGUUAUUGAUGACCUGCCCAGAUUAAAUAGUGAAUCUGACUAACAUGCCUAUGUUGAAGUGCAUGUUUAUUAGAGGGGGGUCACUUUUAUUGUAAAUAAGAAUAGAAUAUGUUUCUGAACACUUCUGCAUGAAUGUGGAUGCUACCAUGAUUACAGAUAAUCCUGACUGAAUCGUGAAUAAUGAUGGGUGACAAAGUUACAGAUGCUCAAAUAUACCCCUCAAAAAAUGGCUUGUAGGUAUGAUAUUUGUGCAUCUAACUUUCUCACUCAUCAUUAUUCACGAUUCCUUCAGGAUUAUCCGUCUAUUCUUUUUUUUACAAUAAAAGUGACUCCAAAAUGACACACUACAUUAUUUACCAUUCAUUUCUAUUGGGCACAAAAUCAUCUGAAACACAACCAAAACAAACA